AUGACAAGUGACCUUGAAGCUGGCGACACUGCGAUAAAAGCUUUGCAAAGUAUUGUCGAAACUAUUCAAAAUACAUUGGCAUGUUGGAAAAAGAAAGAAACAUUGACUAGCGGCACUUUAGCGGACAAUACAUUAUUAAAUAAUUGUUUUAAUACAUUUUCAAUAGACAAAGAUGAGGAUGACCGUCUGCAAAGACUAACAAAUGAAAUUCAGAAUAUAUUUAACGAUUGUCUUCCAAUAUUACCUGGAAACUAUCAACGAUAUUUAUGUAAUUUAUUAUUUGAAUAUCAUUAUGAUUUUAAAGAGCAUAAAUUUAAGGAAAGUCUUACCAUGAGUAUACUUCCUGCGUUUCUAAAUGAUCUCCAAGCUACUCGUGAUUCCUUCGACGCCUUCAAAGCUGCAUGGAAUGGGAACGUAGAUAUCGUAAAAGAAUUCGUUACUAAAUAUCCUAGCUUCAACGACGAAUUUGGUGUUUGGGGUACAACAUUACUGUAUUCGGCAGCUCGAAAUGGUCACAAAGAUCUAGUAGAAUAUCUCGUUUCAGAAGCUGGCUGCUCUGUGAACGCUCAGAAUGAGCAACAUUUUGAGAGAGCUUUAGGAGUUGACACAAUUACAGCACUUGAUUAUGAUGUGAAUCCCAGGGCAGGGUCAACUGCUUUGCAUGCUGCAUGCUUCUAUGGACGUUUGCCGAUUGUGAAAUAUUUAGUUGAACAUGGCGCGGAUUAUUACAUUAAAAAUCAAGCAGAAGAAACACCUAUCAUGAAUAUAGAACGACAUGAGAGUGUUAGAAAUUAUUUUUAUAGUAUAAUGAAUAUAGAAUAUUCGAAUAGAAAAAGAAAAUUGCCUGAGACACCUAUUCUUGACCGUAAUCAACCAGUGAUAGAAGACUGUGUUUGGGAAUAUAAACCGUUUUCUGACAAGCAUUGGCACUCUUUCAAAGCCGAUCAAUCACAGGAACUACACAAGUCUCUUACAUUAGAAUCAAGUCAACCGUUUCAACAUGAAGUUUACUUGCAUGAAGAUUCAACGAUUUACACAGUUUCAACGAGCGAAUUAUUAAGAUUUGAAGAUGAUCCAGAGAAAAACACUGAAUUAGCGUGGGUUCGAUGUCGUGGUUCUUCAAUAUUAAAUUUCAAUUGCUAUGCGUUAUGGCAAAUUUUUUUGACUAAACAUCCAAAAAUAAAUGUCAACAGUGUACCAUGCCUAAAAGUGUUCGAUCUUCCAGCGACGGACGAUUCAUCAUUUCAACUGCAACUGAAUACUUGGUAUAAUUGUGAUGCAGAAACAAACGCACUCUUAGACGAUGCCAUGAACUAUUAUCGAAGAGAGAUGUCAACAUGUAUUAGUUGUAUAAGUGAUGAUCGAGUUCAAAUUAAUAUGGCAACAUUUUCAUUUAGUGACAAACAAGGGGAUAUUUCAGGUUUCAUAAGAUGGAUACCAAAACUUGUAUCAAAAAAUGAUGACAAUAAAAAUGAAUUAAAAAAUAUUGAUAACUUUCAAGCAUUAAAAAAAUCAGACGUCAUGUUACUUACUAGAGACCGUCUUAAAGCUAUUCAAUUAAAAGGCCACAAUUCACCCGGACAAGAUGAAGCAUACAUGGAAGAUGAAUCCGGUGAUGAUAAUGAAUUAUUAGGUAGCUCUGAUCAAGAUAUUGAUUUAACAAUCGGUGAGGAAGAAUCAAAAAUUGUAAGUAAACGAUUACCUGUAUGA